GAAAUCGUCUGCCGUGUGGCAGCCAAACGUAAUAUUAGAGCACACAACGUGGCAUCUGCGAGGCGCCGGCAAAGUUUCCGAGAAAGUCGAGAAACGCCCACAACUCAAUUGAAUGGCAGCUCGGGUUUCAGGACUCAUCGAUUCCUUCUUUGCUUUGAUUGACUCGCAGUUGCAGUAAAAAUACAAUAAACCAAAGAAAUUCCAGACGGCGAUAAGGGAAAAUCGCCGAGAAUAAGAUAAAUAUAAAUGUCAUAUCUCAAGUAGUCGGGUAUUUUUACUGAGAAGCUGAAAAAGGUAUCGUUGUUGUCGCAUUUAAGCCAAACGACUUAGUUGGCGUUGAGUUGAUUGUUAGUUGGAUUUUGUUUUCUUAAGCAAACUGUGCUACAGCUUUUUACUUCACAAUUGCAGAUUUCAAUUUGAAAAAAAAAUAUUCGCAUGGCGCCCAGGAAGGCUAAGGUUCAGAAGGAGGAAGUGCAGGUGUCGCUGGGACCGCAGGUGCGGGAUGGCGAGAAUGUUUUUGGCGUUGCCCACAUCUAUGCCAGUUUUAAUGAUACGUUUGUCCACGUUACCGACCUGUCCGGACGCGAAACUAUCGCACGUGUCACUGGCGGCAUGAAGGUCAAGGCCGAUCGUGAUGAGUCUUCACCCUACGCCGCCAUGCUGGCCGCCCAGGAUGUGGCCGAAAGGUGUAAGGCACUUGGCAUUACGGCUCUGCACAUCAAAUUGCGCGCUACGGGCGGCAACAGAACCAAGACACCCGGACCCGGCGCUCAAUCCGCACUGCGUGCCCUGGCUCGCUCAUCUAUGAAAAUCGGUCGCAUCGAGGAUGUGACACCCAUUCCGUCCGACUCCACGCGCAAAAAGGGCGGUCGUCGUGGCCGUCGUCUCUAAAAUGUCAUCAGAUGACCUAUGCAUACUAUGAACGUAUUUCAUGCAUUUGAUUCUAAAAUAAUGAAUACAUAAUCGUUAAACUUAAUGUUUUCCAUUGAGUUAAAAAUGCAAA